UCGGGGGCAAUCUCGGAGGUGAAGCUUGUUCUCAGGAAGUACCAGUAUGAUCGGCAUGCCUCUUUGGUUCUGGAGAGGGAUUAUGGGAAAUACCACUUGCCUGACCCUUUCCAGAACUGCAAACAGAGUGCAGCAAUUAAAACGGUCUCUGUUCUGAGAGAUAGUACGGGGUCCCUGACAAGAUCCAGGUCAGGGAUUCUGGAGGUCUCCAGGUCCUUUUAUGAGGAUUUACUGAGUGAGAAGCACCUUGACCGGAAAAGGAUGUUGAGCUUUUUGGACUCUACACCAGGUUUGGAGGGUAAUGUCUCGUCUGCAAGUUUGACAGGGGAAAUUACAGUAGAAGAGGUGUCCAAAGCCAUUGAGAGUCUGGCCAUUAAAAAGACUCCUGGG